ACAUUUAUUUGCACAUACAGUGGGUUAUGCCCUUAGGUUAACGUUUGCAGUGAUUUUUUGUUCAAGGUUUUUAUGGUGACCUGUUCACCACAAACUCACUGCAAAAAGUUUUGUUCUGUCCUCUUCCCCCUACCCCCUUGUCUCUUUUACAUACUUUCUAUGCAUUAUACAGUAUUAUAGAGCUAUGGGACGAGUGAGUGAGUGAGUGAUAGUGUGUUGAGACUGUUUUGUCCAUCUAUAACAUCCUUGCUGCUUGGUUCCCAAUUGGCUGUCUGUAAAGAUGCCACUGUGUCCAUUACUGUACAGUAUGAGAUGACUGUGAACUUAAAACCAGCACAAACACUUCACUUUCAUUUCCCCAUGAACUUAUUAUUAAAUGUAUUUACGGUUAUCUGUACAUGUGUGUCAGGUCUUCAUUAUUUUAUCCUAAAACAUUCAAGUGAGGAAGAUAUCGUUUUGUUGUUUCAUCGCUAAUGAUUAGGCAUGCAGACUUCAGGAGACUAGUAAAAUUUCCUGAAGCACACCAACCAGCCACCAACAUGACUAUGACACCAACCUUGUUAAAAGGCAUUUCUAUGAACUUAUUGCAGGCUGCUAUUGGGUCCACUGCACUGGACACUGCCAGAGAACUCACACCUCAGAACACAACCAAUGAGGGACUUGGGAUCCAGCUGCUCACCAUCGCUGUCCUCAUCAUCCUCAUCACAGCACCCCUCGGUUCUGCCCUCAUCAGCCUGACAGCACGACACCUCCUCAGGAAGGGUACGAGAGAGGACUCGGAUCGAGACAGUGCCAUAGAGAUGAACAACAUCGCAGAGUGUGCUCGGGAAGAGGACAUAGAGCUACAGGCUCGUCCUGCUGAUGAUCCGGAGGGAAAAAAUGAUAACAACAUGUCAGUCUGACCCAGGGUUGUAGCCAGCACCCGUCCUUAAGAAUUCCAUCCUGAUGGAAUUUUCUAGCUGGGGACGGAAAAAAAUUUUGCCCAUCCCAUCCUCUGUGACAGACAAAAAUCAAUGUGUAAUUUAAAUGAUAAAACUGUCUCCCUUGUGUAAUUUUUCACCAAUAUAGAUGCCGUUGAACGGCAUAGUCUACCAGCAAAAUUUACACUUGAAAAUGCAGCAAAUAGCAUUUCAGAGGGUCUAGAUUACAAAAUUUUCUGGGGGACCAUGCCCACUGAC